AUGACCGACCGACCCCGCAACGAUCGACCACCGGUAACCAAUGCUUCCAAAGACGUCAGGGCUGCGGCAAUCGACAUUAUCACCGACACUCUUGCAACCCCCGAUAUGACCGAUACCGCGUUCAUGACCGCGAUAACUAUAAUAGCCAGGACAGCAGUGCUCGGCAGACGUCGUCGAGUAAUGCUGUCCGAAAGCCGCAUCGUACAAGGGAAAGUGUCUAUAUCGCCGCAAAGAACUGGAAACGAAUGUAUAUUUAGAGAAAACGUGCGGGAUCGUGUAGCCCUGGGACAUAACUACAACGGCUCUGAGCUGACCCUAUCGUUAACCGUACAGGUCUGA